AUGUCAUCUCUACUAUAUAAGCUGUAUGUUAAUUUUUGGUCAUAACAGAGCAUUACAGACAUAAAAUUUGUAUUUUUCGCUGUAUCAACCACCAAUUACAAUAUGAAACAAUAUGACAAGAAGAUGAACAUGAAAAAUACUAAAAAAAUCAAAAUUUAUACUACUUUACAAAAUCUUCUAACUUAUAGUGAUCUUUUUAUUUGAUAUCAGUCCGUUUUUAUAUGCAAAAUCUUCUUCAGAAACUUCCAGAAAGAUCAAUGGAAGGAUGACAGAUUUUAUGAACAAGAUGACGGAUUUUAUAGAUUGUGGUGGCCAGCAGUUUUACCGGUAAAUCUUUUGUCAUUUCUUUGUUUUCGUUUUGGCAAUUUUUGUGCCGUACUGGUCAGGGAAGUUGGACUUUUACAGAAGCUUGAUGAAUAUUUUAUAUAUCCCUUGUUGAUCUUGAAAUUGUUCAUGUUUUUCGUUAAAUUUUUAGUUGUUUGACAGUUAUUUAAAACCUUUUAUAUGUUAUUUUAGGGUUAUUUGUAUUUUUCGUGUUACUUUGUCAAUGUAUCUUGUCGAUAAUAGUUUUUUAAAUUAUGAAUAAUAUGUUUUAGACAGCUUUGUUCACGAAUUUCGACGUCAAACUUCAAAAUCUACGCAGAAAGGACCUUUAUUUGAAGUUUUGGAAUCUACAGAAGUCAAACUUGGAAUUGAAGUGAUAUAAUCUUAGCUUCAAACCUUGAGAAACAACUUCAAACCUUCAGAAUCUCAACUGAAUACUCCAGAAAGUCAGUUUGAAGCCCAAAGGAGCAGCGUCUCAAUUUGAAUUGGUAUAAUCUUAUCUUGAAGCACCUGAAGCUUGAUUGUAAGUCCUUGAAUUUCGUUUAAACUUUCUGACAGUUUAGCUAAAAUGAGCUUGAACUUACACAAUUUCUAUUUUCAGCUUCAGAAGCCCCACUAGAAGAUGUCUCGCUUCGUUCUAACUUCAACUUUGGCCUUCUCCAUCUUCAUGACCUUAACCUCCAUCAUCUCCGCUGA